AUGUAUCGUUACGAGGAAGGCGGCGGUGGAGAUUGGUUCAAUUGGGUACUGAACACUACCACUCAAAGCCCCCCAUAUCGUCUCUCGAGUACCAUUACCGCAUACUACAGCGGCAACGCAGACCUUAGAGCCAACAUGAUCAACUGUACCAGCACAGAGAUGGUUCCGUGGUUGGUUGACCCGAGCCCCUGGGCCCCGAACGAUAACGUCACCUAUGUGUCUCCGUCGCCGGCUUUGUCGGUUAGUCUGGAAUUUGACGGAGAGACGGCGAACUACACAAUCUUCAUCUUGCGCUUCGCGGGCGUCCUGGAUGCUUACCAUUCGGACAUUUUGGCCAACGACACCGCCACCCCAACCUGGCUGCGCACUGUCGGGGUCAAUAACAACUCGCCUAAUAUUGGGUAUACGGGGACGGCGGGCGGGACAAAAGCCGUAUAGGGGUCGGCGACGGCUUGCGCUGUAGUCCUGACCCUGGUGGUGCAGCUUGUCCUCGAAUAACCACUUGGUGUAGAGCUACCCCGAUGUCUCACGGACAGCGCCUAGAUACCACUUGAUUCUGAGCUUUAUGUCAUAAGUGGACUAUAAAACAUACUAUAAUGUUGACUGUAUACCAUCAAGCUACUAUAGCAGAGAUCAUACUUACUGGACUUUUAUAAUAUCAGACCUAAGUUUAGACCACUAAGGUAUUUCCAUACACUUGGAGCUUAACUCAUAAGUAUCUGAUAAGUCAUGGCGAUUCAAA